AUGAGGAAGUUAAAGUUUCAUGAACAGAAGCUACUUAAGAAGGUAAAUUUAUAUUCUUGGAAGAAGGAGGAUAAUGAAAGGGAAACAAAGAUUUUGCGUAGGUAUUAUAUUCAAGACCGAGAAGAUUAUACAAAGUAUAACAAGUUAUGUGGAAAGAUAACCAAAUUUGUAUCUGGGAUCAGGAAACUUCCUCCAGAAGAUGAGUUUAGGAAAAGCACAAGUGAGAUGCUUCUUAAGAAGCUUUACCAUAUGGGAGUAAUUCCAACUUAUAAAAGUUUGGAGGCAAUUAGUGAGCUUUCAGCUUCUGCUUUUUGUAGGAGAAGAUUGGCUGUUGUGUUGGUUCAGCUUAAAUUUUGUCCAAAUUUGAAGGAUUCUGUAAAACUUAUAGAACAAGGCCAUAUUAGAAUUGGUCCAAACACAAUCACAAAUCCGGCUUUUCACAUAUCUAGAGAGAUGGAGGACCAUAUUACAUGGACUCAAGGCUCCAAGAUUAAAUCAAUUAUGCAAAAGUUCAAUAAUGAGUAUGAUGACUUUGACUUUCUUGGAAACUAA